AUGCAUUUCGCAAACUUCAACGACAACGUCGCUCCUCAAGAAGGCCCCGGUGACGACGAGGCCUUCGGGGAGGGUGAGUGGCCGUUCGGUGGCCACGGCGAGCCGGACGACUACGCGGGCGAGUAUUCCUUCGGCGGGCCCGCAGAUGCCUUACCCCCAGUACCAGGCCUAUUUAUUGAUGGGGUGGGGACGCUUUCAGUCCCUCUGAGCAAUGCACAAGCCGAGGAGCUCGUUGCCCAGUGCGAGAAGUCCCCCUUUGGCCGACGACUCGACACCUUGAUGGAUGAAAGUGUGCGCAAGAGCUGGCAGCUUCCACCGGAUCAAAUUACGUUCCAGAAUCCGCAAUGGCAAGCGGGAGUUGAGGAGUUGAGUGAGAUUAUUGCCGGUCGAUUCGGCUACAAGGGGGUUCCGAUGCAGUGCAAGCUCUACAAGUUGCUGGUGUACGGUGAAGGAGGUCAUUUCGUGAAGCACCAAGAUACGGAGAAGGAGGACGGAAUGGUGGCGACGUUGGUGGUACAGUUGCCCAGUUUCCAUGAAGGGGGAAACUUGGUGGUGUAUCGUGGUGGGGAGGUGAAGCAUCGCCACGAUUUUGCAAUGCACUAUGCCGACGCGGAGCAUGCACUGGAGAAGGUGACGACGAAGGGGUUCAGACUGGCCUUGGUGUACUCGGUUUGUCUGCCUCCUGACAUGCGUCACUUGAUGAGGAGCAACGACCAAUCCUUGAGCGACGAACUGGGCGGCAUCAUUGGUAGCAUGGGGAAUGAGAAUGAGGAUUCCUCGUUCGCGUUGAUGCUCUCUCACGAGUACACGGAGCGAAGCAUUGAUGGACUCGGUGCGCGCUGA